UUUUCUGAGGAGAGCGAUUGCUGUUGGAGGGUGGAAGGUGCUCUUGACCCAUGCCGCCCACACCUCGUUCCUUCCCACAACUCCCCUCCAUCUCUUGCCCAUGAGUUCAUCGCCACGCUCCUUCACCUUCUCGGCCUCCAGUGGCACGCCCACGCCCACCACCCCGACCUUCGACCUUCACUCCUACCCCAACGCAGCAUCCUACUAUGAAGUCCUCAGACAGUGGGACGACGAGAGCAUCGCUGUCUGGCUGCACGACAACAAGAUAAGCCAGUACGACAAGCUGUUUGUCGAACACUGCGUCCGAGGAGCCGCCCUUCUGGAACUUGAUCACUAUGCCCUCAAGGAGAUGGGCAUCUCUCAGCUCGCAGACAGAAUUAGAAUACUGACCGCCGUCAAGGCACUGCGCGUUCGCUGUCUCGCUGUUCACCCGCACACUAAUGGCAACAGUAACAACAGCAGCGGCCAUUAUCACAGCUCUAACAAGGAGAAGUUGGAGGUGCCGCCGAUGAACAAGAAGGAAUCAAGUGGACUCAGUUUGGGAGGCGAUGGUUCCUUCCUAAAGUCCUUGAAGAGGUCUGGGUCUUCAAAAGCCCUGAAUUUGAAGCGUGCCAACUCAAAGUCGCUGGCCAGAUCCAAUUCCAAGAAGCAGACCCAGUUUGAAGAACCCACUUCCCCGAGAACACCGAGAUCCUCGCAUGAAGGUGGUAUCAUGUCUCUGGAGUCUGUCAAACAUCGCUGCAUUAGGGUUUUUGAUGAUGGAGGUCAAUGCAGUAUUGUGAACGUUCACAAUGUUACCGACGCAGGAGGAAUCUACACACGGGUGCUUCACAAAUUCAACAUCACAGACGAGAUGGAAAAAUAUUCCAUCUUUACCCUCUCUGGCGAGACGGGCGAUGCGCGGAGCCUGGCGGACGACGAGCUGCUUAAUAUCUGCAAAAGUCUGGAUAGACCAGAGAAGGAGCGAUUGAUCCUGCGCAAGAAGCACCAGCCAGUCAGCCACGAUAUCCUCAAGCGACGUGGGACAGCAAAGAGGCCAGACAGAGGGGAGCUCGCUUCGCCCACGGCAAACUCCUUCAAAGAAUCAUCACGUAUGCAAACAUUCUUUGGACAACGUCCACCGGACGAGAUUAUUGAAAGUAACUUGGCAGAGUACUUUCCUGGACACCGCAAGGAACUGUUGCGGGAAGUCAGCAAUGUCCGCAACUCGCUUCUGUUCAGGAAUUCACAGUUUAUGAGCCGCAAUUCCUUCAUCAGUCGCAAUUCAUUUAUUCCUCGCCAUUCAUAUUUGAUUGAACCUGGUGCGGCUGAUGUCCUCUCUCAAUCCUUGGCUCAUCUCUCUCUGCAAGAAGCAGAGGAAGCAGAGGAAUCGGAAACCGUCGCAACUGCAGAUGGUGCUACUCCUGGUGAUAAGCAUUCCCUUCAUGAGAGCGAUGACCAAGAGACAGAGCAGGAUCGUGGAUAUAGUUAUGGCCAUGACAACGUGCAGAAGCAGUCGUCUGGACAAGCAAGAGAUGACUUGCAGACUAAAGAUAGUACUGGAGAACGGGACAGUAAGGAAGACAGCAUGAAAGAGGUCAAAAAGGCUGUUAUGAACGACGAACCAGUAUCUACUACCAGUACAGUUCCAGGAGUUAUUGUCUCGGAUCACACCAGCGGAGUAGCAGAUUCCAUAUCGAGCCCAGCACCCGUUUCCGAUCUUCCUUCAAAACGAGCCAUGGCAGCACGCAUGUCGCGGGUUUCACUUGCAAGCCAGAGAUAUCACAGCUCAUCAUUGAACCGACAAUCGUCAGCCGGGUCGAUAUCGUCGUUCUCUGCAGCCGCGCCCAGGGUAUGGUCCAGUCCUACGUCCGAGUCUGAGAUUAUACCAAGGCCCCGGCAGAAUGCGCUCUCGGACCUGAAGCAGCGUGGUGCCUCGGAGGGUGGUGGACGUACGGCCAGGGAUGUCGCGGGCGUCGUUCCUUUGGAGAACGAUUAUUCAUGGUGGAUUCGUGGCAAGUUCAUUGGCGUUGGCUCGUUUGGGCGAGUGUCGCUAGGAUGGCACAGGCAGCUGGGAACGUUCAUGGCUGUCAAGCAGGUCGAGUUGCCUGUCAAUAAGUCUUACAAGGAGGACAAGCAAAAGAUCCUGGUCGAAGCACUGGAGAGAGAAAUCGAUUUGCUCAAGGAGCUCCACCAUGAACGAAUUGUGCGAUACAUUGGUUCGGAUAUUGAAAAGGGACACAUUAACAUUUUCCUGGAGUAUGUGGCUGGAGGAUCCAUCGCCACACUGCUGUCCGACUACGGUCCUUUCUCAGAGAUCCUGGUCCGGUCGUUUGUGAAGCAGAUCCUGGAAGGUCUCGAUUACCUCCACGAAUGCGACAUUAUCCAUCGUGAUAUCAAGGGAGCCAACGUCCUUGUCGACGUCAAUAGCUGCAUCAAGAUUUCUGAUUUCGGUAUUUCGAAGAAAGUCGAGGACCAUCUCAAGUCCAUCCAAGUCAAGCCAUCACGGCCUUCGCUGCAAGGUUCAACCUUCUGGAUGGCUCCGGAAGUGGUCAAGCAGAUCGAGACGACAUACAAGGCUGAUAUCUGGAGUCUUGGCUGUCUCGUUGUCGAGAUGUUCACAGGCACGCAUCCGUUCCCACAGUUCUCGCAGAUGCAGGCGCUUUUCCAGAUCGGUUCGAACUGUACGCCCGAUAUUCCCGAGGACAUUUCUGACGACGCCAAAGACUUUCUCAAGCGCACCUUUGAGGUGGACUAUCAUGUACGACCUUCGGCGAGGAUUCUCCUGGGACACCUAUUCAUCCAGCAGCUGUCAUAGAUGUUGCAGCUGUGUAAUAAAUAUGUAUUGUUCACAAUUCAUCUCAAUGACGCGUCUUGGUAAACUUGGUAAAAUAACCUGUGCCGAAUGUAUUACGUGAACCCAUUCCAGCCCGCAACCUCAACCGCCAUUCACCUUACCAUGGACCAGCAACACCAUCAGAAACGGCACCGGAUGCAAGUCGACCAGGCGGGACAACAGAAUUCACAUGCAGAGUCAGGGGAGA